GAAGAAGAAGCCGUCCCACACCACUUCCUUAACAGCAGUGACAUGAUGGAGGUAGCGUCUGAUGGAUGUUGUUCUUCCUUUAAGAAAGUCCCUCUGUCAGAGACGGAGUUGGAUUUCUGUGGUCAGGCGUACUCCGUGUCCGUCCUGAAACCCGGAUAUUGUUGUCCGGAGACUGACGGAGCCUUCAGGGCCGACGGGACCAUCACUCUGAUAAUGGGACUUAAGAAUAUCCUGGUCGACACCGGGGGACCGUGGGACCGGGACUUCCUUCUUACGUCCUUAAAAAAGAGAGGUUUGGACCCAGAAAACAUCGAGUUGGUCGUGGGCACCCACGGACACUCAGACCACAUUGGAAAUCUGAGUCUUUUCCCAACUGCAAAGAUGAUUAUUGGAUAUGACAUCAGUGAUGGGGACAGAUACAGUCCCAGCGAGCUGGCAGAGGGAAAGACUCACACCGUCGAUGAGCAUGUGUCUAUAGUUCCCACUCCAGGCCACACAGGACAAGAUAUCAGCGUGCAGGUGAAGGGGACCUCAGCAGGCACCGUGCUGAUCGCAGGAGAUCUGUUUGAGUGCUGCUCAGACGAAAACAGUUGGCGGGAUCUAAGUAUGAACGCUGCAGUACACGAGGUCAGCCGCCAGGAGGCCUUACGUACUGCCGACGUGAUCGUACCAGGACACGGACUUCCAUUCAGAGUUCUCAGGAACAAGUGACUCCAACCUGGGCUUGUGAAUCGAAGGGACUUUACUGAAUAAUAGGAGCUUGACUCGGAUCAUUCAAAUCAAAGUUAAGAACUACUGUCAGGAAGACAAACCUCCAACUAUUAAAGCCUUAAAUAUCAAACUGGUGUCUAAAGAGCAUUUGUUCACAAAGCUUUAGAUUCAUUAUUUCUUUAUUACUGCUGACUGUUGGUCAACAUGUUUAUAACCAAUCCUGAACUUCCAAAGAAAUCCAAACUCUGUAGUCUGUCGAUCAUUAAUGCCUCAUGUAAUAAAGACUAUUCAAAAGGA